AUGAGCUCUCUGAACUUGUUACCUCAAGACACCGUUCAUCGGAUCGCUAGCUCUCAAGUCAUCACUUCCGUCAGUAGCGCCGUCAAGGAGUUGCUGGAAAAUGCACUAGAUGCCAGGGCAAACAGUAUUGAAGUCAAAUUGGAAGAAUAUGGCUUGGAGAAGAUUGAAGUUCGCGAUAAUGGCACUGGGAUCCCUCAAGAUGAUGCCCAAUUCAUGGCUCAGCGACACUACACUUCAAAGAUAACAACCUUCCACAACCUUGACAGUUUGGCAUCUUAUGGGUUCAGAGGGGAAGCGUUGUGCUCUUUGUGUGCUGUUAGCAAUGUUUCUGUUAUGACCAAAACAAAUAAUGAAGAAGUUGGUAUGUGUUAUACACUUGAUCAACAUGGAAGAAUCUCAGCAACCAAGCCAUUGCCUCUCACAACAGGAACUGCAGUUACUGCUUGUAACCUUUUUAAAAAUCUUCCUGUUAGGAAGCAAUUCUCUCGGGGCAACAAAAAAUGCAAGGAUGAGUUGAAAAAGGUUGAAGAGCUUAUCAUGGCAUUUGGUCUAAUUCAUCCUAGUGUUCGGUUGACUUUAAGGCACAAUAAAAGCAUAAUCUGGCAGAAAAAUAAAUGUGAGGAUUUAAAAAAAGCCUUAACUGGUAUCAUUGGUGCUAAUGCAAUGUCAAGCAUGGAAGAAAUUAUGGCUAAAGAUGAUCAAACUGGGUUGAGGAUUGAAGGGUUUGUACCAAAGCCAGGAUCCGACCCAAAUGUCACAAGCCGGUCCAUGGGGGACAGGAGUUUUGUUUAUGUCAACAAGCGACCUGUUGUCCUUAAAGAAAUUGCACAGGUUGUUAGAGAAUUCUACUUGAAAAUCCACCCAACCAUCUCUAACCGCCACCCAGUUGCAUUUUUGAGCAUUGAGGUACCUCCCUGUGCAGUAGAUGUAAAUCUUGAACCAAACAAGUCUAGGGUUCUUCUCACAGAAAAAGAUAUAAUCAUUGAUCUGCUGAGGAAUUCAUUAGAGGAGCUUUAUGUGGACCAUAACAAAGAAGAGUAUGAUCAGGAAAAUUUGCUUGUGGCGAAUGGUGGUCACAGUAUAGAAAAUGGGAAAACUAAUAACAUUAUUGAAAAAGUCUCAAAAACCCGUACUGAUGUUAUUGCCCAACAUACAGGGAAAUCUUUGCAUGAUAACCACAGUAAUCUAGAUAACAAUUUGAGCAGUUCUAACUUGGAUAACAAAUGUACAAACAAUGGUAUGGAGGCAAAGCCACCUGGGAACACAAGCAAGGAUAGCAAAAGUCUGUUCAAAGUCUCUGGGGGAGAUCAUCAGUCAGCUGAGUGUUCAACGGCUUCAAAUGUUUCAUCAGUGAAGCAGGGCGAAAGUAUAGACAAACUAGACAUUGACAACAUUGCAAGGCUUUUGGAUGAUCCUACAAAAGAUUGCCUAGACAUCAGAGUACUAGAAAGCCCCUUACAGCAAGAUAAGAGGUCCAGUGAUGUACCAAACUUUGAACUGUUUGAUCCUGAUGAGCUGCUAGGGGAUGAUGAUGAGUUUGAUGAGAUUCUUGCUACAGCUAGCCAACAAAGGACUUUGAAUAGGCAUGUUGUAACUCCAGGAACUAGCAAUUUAAGUUCCAAUAGCAGUGCCAAUGAUAUUUCUAGUAACAGUUUAAGUGUCAAAGAUGUUUCAACUGAGGACUGGAGUAGGGGGGGAAUGAAAAAUGAUCAUGGACAAUAUGUUCAACCUUCAAUUCUGGUCACUCCUUCCACCAUACAAGAUAAAAACAAGACUUGUACCCAAAAGAAAAGGAAGUUGUCUAAUGAAAAGGCAAGACUGACAGAAGUUUCAAGUAAGAAGAUAAGAACAGUACCAAAGGUGUGUAAUCAACCUCUGAUAACAAUGCAUGUGACACCAAGCAGCAACCAAAAGAAGCAUGCAGCCAGGACAGUGACUGUGCAGUUCUCUAUGAAAAUACUGAGAAACUCUUUAGGAAAGAGGCAUUCUAAUUCCAAAAGCGAACAUUCACAUGGCGGUUGUCUUAUUGGCCGUUUGCAUCCUAGUGGGAUUUGGCUUCGAAGAGAGGGGAGUGCUAUAACAUUCAUUCAUCAGUACAGAAUACAAGAACAACUGCUUUUCACCAAGCUCUUGCAGCAUCAUUCAUUUCCAAAAAAACAACUUGAUACACCGAUCAUCCUUGAUAACAGGUUAUUGAAGGACGAGAGCAAGGACGUCUUGAUGAACUUGAAGUGUUCUAAGGAUGUACUGGGGACAUCAUUGCAUGUUAACGACAGUCAUAUUGUAGACAAUGGUUUUGACGUACGCAAGAGAAUAGGUACCGAUGGCGAAGUAACGUUCACUGUUCAUGGCAUUACGACAUCUGUGCCGUACUAUGGAGUACCGGACCUAAUGGAAAUACUAGACUUAUUAAGAGAGCAAGGGUCAGUGGAGUGCAGUUUAUCAAAAACAAGACCUCUGAAAGCCCUAAAUUACCUAAAGGGUGAGGCAGUCCGGUUAGCACGUGGUAUCAGCAGUCACAUGACGCGAGAUGACCUGCAAAGUAUUCUGGACCAGAUGUCAUGCGAUCUUCCUGACGGUAUGGGGACCUGUUUGCAUCAACGUCCAUUCUUUGGGAAUGUAGCAAACAUAGCUGUUCUACAGUAGGCGCGAUAAAAGGGUUCUAACAACAGAAUAAUUACAAACUAUGGAAGGAAUUUAGAUCAUGUUUAUGCAAAUAUCAGGUAGUGCCCUUCAGUAUGUUUGUUAAGGGAAUAGCUAAAUGCUGAUUUAUAAUAAUUUGUAAAAAGUAAAAAAAACAGGCUUGAACCGA